AAUUACCAUGAACUCACUACAAAUCCAACUCUGCAUUUUAUAGUCCAGUUGCAUAGAUUUUGUCCACAUAUUCGGGACUGAACCCAGACAAAAACAAGAUUACUGAGUACCACCAAAACAUGGCAAAUGGCCCAUGGAUGCAUGGAAGCUGAACUUUGGGAAGCCUUUUUGGAACAUCAAAUGAUCAAUUAGGUUUGUCAUUUAAUCGAACAUCAUCAUCAUCUUCUUCUAAGCCUUGUUCCACAACAAUAUGGGUUCGGCUACAUGAAUGAUAUCCUGUUUCGCCAUUUCGGCAUUUAGUAGAACAUAUCACAUUCAAAACUGCCUCACAAUCUUUAAAUGGGCCUUUAAAUCUGGCCCAACGCAUGCAAGUGACUGGGACCGGUCCAUUCAUGUUUAACAACAGCCAGCGGCAGUUCGGCACCAUCCGUUUUCCCGGGAAGCAUGAAACGCUACUGCAAAUAAAUGUGAAGACUGAAAAGCAGCGAGCUCACGACAAUGGCUCUACGUCUGUCUUACCCUUUUGGGUUAUCCUUCUUUUCUCCGAUUCGUGUUCACAAUAGACCCAUUCGUGCCUGCACGUUCUUCGCUCGAAAUCAGAUCGAAACGCAUAAGCUAGUAAAGGAAGUGAGAGAAAGGCUUGAAAGAGAUUACUCUACUCUGCCAGUCGGCAGAAAUGGAAGAGAUGACGAAGAAAUGAUCCUUUGGUUUUUGAAGGACCGCAAGUUUUGUGUUGAAGAGGCUGUAUCAAAAUUGACUAAAGCCAUUAAAUGGCGUAAAGAAUUUGGUGUCUCAGAUGUGUCAGAAGAGUCUAUGGAAGAGAUAGCUAGAACUGGAAAAGCAUAUGUACAUGACUUUCUUGAUGUUGAGGGCAGACCGGUACUUAUAGUGGUGGCAUCCAAGCAUUUUCCAGCGAAGCACAAUCCUGUUGAGAAUGAGAAACUUUGUGUAUUUAUGAUCGAGAAGGCUUUGAGUAAACUCCCAGAUGGAAAAGAAGAAAUACUUGGAAUAUUUGAUCUCCGGGGAUUCAGUACAGAUAAUGCAGAUUUGAACUUCUUAAAGUUCCUGAUCGAUGUAUUUUAUUACUACUAUCCAAAACGACUGGAGCAAGUUCUCUUUGUGGAUGCUCCCUUUGUCUUCCAGCCACUCUGGCAGUUAGUCAAGCCCUUGUUGAAAUCAUAUGCUUCUCUGGCGAGAUUUUGCUCGGCAGAGACUGUUCGAGAAGAAUAUUUUACAGAAGCAACGGUGCCAGCUGACUUCAGAGACUGAGAAUAUCAUUUGUUCAACACUCUUGAAUGUCAGCAUGCUGAUAAAAUUUUAUCCAUCGUAUUGUAUUGGUUGAAACUCGAAAAAUAUAACAAAAAAGGUUGCAAUUGCCAGGUUUCAUUUCA